AUGCGGGAAAAGAAACAACUAACUGCAGAUAAUGGUUCAAAUUCUAUUGUCAGAUUUGUAAUCGAUCGAAAUAUCAGUUCAGUUUCGGAUCUAUUAAAUGCAACCGUACUUUUAAAUAAACUGCCAGUUGAAAAUGGAAUUCCAGUAUCAUUACGAGAAACUCUAAUUUUGGCUGUCAACAAUGGUAUAUUGGCUACCGAGAUUUCAUUUUCAAGUUUGCAUGCCAAAAUUGCACGACUAUUAGCGCGACAUUACCAGACAAUCAACCGGCGACAGUGCAAAGCAACAAGGUAUUGUCAGGAAGUGGGUGAGUAUUACUGGCGUAAUUAA